AGCAGAAUGCCUUGAAAUAAAGAAGCAGCAGUAAAGCUACUUUAAGGACACCCGUUGCUCUAAAUGUUGGAAUUAAUGCAAUGAAGAAAAUGGGGGACUUGGAAUCCGGUUUUGAGGAAAUGCAAGGUGUAAAGCUUGGCUAUUUGGUUAUCAAAGGCAAACAAAUGUUUGCCUUUUCUCAAGUCUUCACCGACCUCUUGAAAAAUAUUCCGCGGACUACUGUACACAAACGUAUGGACCAUUUAAACGUGAAGAAGCAUCACUGUGAUUUGGAGGAACUGCGAAAGCUCAAAGCAAUCAAUUCUAUAGCUUUCCAUGCAGCUAAAUGCACUCUGAUUUCAAGAGAGGACGUUGAGGCACUGUAUUUUUCAUGUAAAACUGAGCGGGUAUUGAAAUCAAACAAAAGAAGGGAAAAGAGAAAAAAAUCCUCAGAAAAAAUGUGCGAUGGCAAAAACCGCACCUCUACCAGAAGUGACUUUUGGAGAGAGAAAGUUUGGUUGAGUUUGCAUGGCGUUCCUCAGGCUCUCUCAUUCAAAAAUAAAGCUGUUCGACAGGACCCUGUCCCUCGCACUCACUCAGAUCUACCUCAAAUUUACAGUAAAUCCUUCGGCCGUGACUUCCAACCGGUCACGAAGUCGGCAUCUACACCCUUUAAAAACUAUGAAACAGAUCAAAUACCUGACAACUGCGUGGCUUUUAAGCAGAAACAUACGCUUUUUCGGCACGUUGUGAAUCGGCAACCGCUGCUCUAUCAGUCCGCCAUUGCAGCGCAGGCAAAGCACCAAGGCAACGCAGACCUACUUUACAAAAGGAAGAGGAAGCGCGAGAGCAGCGCGAGGCAGUUUUGGUCGAGGAGCAGACGAAGCCAUCCGGUUUUGGUCGUCCCAAAGUGCUGUAAACCAAAAGUUCCCAACGGAUCUUUAAGCCAGUUUCACCACCUCGAGCAUGGAUUAUACGUCGAUCCUCGGCACACUGGACAUUUUCAGGAAAGCUGCAGCAGCGACACGGAAUCUAGCUCCGUCUCAGAACCGGUGAACAAUGAUUCGGAUUUCGGGUCGAGUUUCUCUACCACCAGCAACUCCGGGACUUCGGAGGAGGAGGAGGACGACUCUCUCUCGGAUUCUUCAGAUGUCAGCAGCGAUGAAGAGAGCUCCUCUCAGUCUGAUUCGAGCUCUGUGUCCAGUCAGGUUUCAGUGCAGAGUAUUCGUUUCAGGCGUGCGAGGUUCUCAAGUCUCAACACAAAAGCACCUCUGCUCUUACAGCCAACUUUUCACUACAGGCCUAAUGUGCAGAACAUCCCCACUAACCACGGAGUAACGGCUACUUUGGAUUGCGAACGAACUGGCAAAACUCAGAAAUCGGACUUCACAUCGUCCAGGGACGCACACGAGGAUGGUGAUGCCGCAAAAGUGCAGAAGUUCUGCCCGGUGCGGACAUGUUUCCCAGAUUUGAGACAAAACGAGGGCUCUGAAGCACCAUCACGCCUUGAAUUUUCAAAUGAUCCAAAGACAACAGACUGUGUGGCUAACAGAAUUAAAGAGACUGGGCUUACACCUAAUGCAAAUGGAAACAAUGCGUUUCCUCAACAAAGAAUACCGGGUUCUGCAAACAAAUGCUCCCAAGCCUUGAUCUCCCACUGUGUUCCGGACAAAGAAAAAACGGGUUGUAAGUCUUCUGACAGCAAUCUUCCAUUAGCAGCAAAUUCCAAGUGGGAAGCAAAAACUUCCCUCAAACUGCCUUCACCUCUAAAACCGAUCAAAACAGAGACCGAGGAGCCCGUUAGUACCUCAGGAUUUAACAAUGAGGGCAACAGGGCAGUAAAAACGCCACCAUUUUUACUCAACAACGUGAAGAUUAAAGUCGAGGACACCUUUGACGAAUAUGAAUAUGCAAAUCAUCCUCCGGAAUAUCAAUGUAAGGAUAAUGACGCUGAAGAUCAGCGCAUCAGUAAUAAUUUAAAGGAAACUGACCACUAUAAAGCCACAGAGAGCGCCGUUCAGAAAAACCCUGCCUGUAACGAGGAAUCAAGAAGCACUUUAAACACUCCUUGUUCCGAGGAAGGGGAAUCCAAGAAUGGUGCAAGGGUCAGAAAAAACUACAGGGCGAUGCUUUUGGGUAAAAAAGCCGAAGGUGUGAGGACAUUCGCGAAAUCAGUUGCAAAAGUUGACCGGAGCCCCCGUGCAGCAGGAAAAUUCGCUAGCAGUGAGGGGUCGAAUGAAGACUGUGCGGGCGCGAGCAAACGCAAACGAGCGAGCCCCAAUGUAGCAUCUCUGAAAAAGCCCUUCAGACUCAUGGCGAAUUUUCCCUCUCCGCCGUCUCUCGUUAUUGGCAGCGAUGGAGAUUUGAGUCCCGCUUACUCUUUGAACUCUUUAAGAAGUAACCAACUGCCUCAUCGUUCUCACCCAGUGUGGAGAUGGCAGCUCGGUCAUUCAGUUGUUCCUCCCCCUCCAAGCCACAAAUUCAGGAAAGCCUCUGUUAUUCCGUGAACUGUUGUUUUGAGCUCGGCUCGGGGGAAAUGUCUUAAAACUGUGACAAGCACUGAUUGUCAUUAGUUGUUUUGUUUUCAUUGUUGUUUUCAAUGUAAACGUUUUUGGCCUGUUGUUAUGUUGCACACACCGUCCGUCCUCAUAGCACAGGCGACAGGCUGGUCUAUCCAUCGAGGUUUGGGACUCGGGAAUAAAUGGAGGUAUUUAUAAUAAGCUGCGUAGCAAAAAAAAAAAAAACAGUUGUUUAUAAAAUGACAAUACUGACACCGUGGAGCUGUUUUUGACCUGAUGGACUAGACUCUCACGGAGCAAAUGUUGGCUCAUUUUGCAGGCACAUUUCAGUGUCAACUGAAAUUCUGAUUUUGUCAGUAUAUUUUGAGCCAAUGUUUUGUAUUUUCCCUUUAUGCUUCAUCCACAUAGCCUACUGUAUUUCUGAAUUACCGUAGGCCGAUGAUCCAUACCCUUCUUAUUUAUUCAUUUAAUGGGUGCGCCCCAAUUGUUGGCGCCUGGCUGUGUUCACUCACACGCAGCGCACCAUAACUCUCACGGUAGGCCCAACACAAUGCCCCUCUAACUGACAAUCAAGAGCUGUUUGAUUUGCACGAUGUAAAAGAGGGGAAAACGCCAAAUCAAACUCCUUCUUUAGCACAUUCAUAGAUUAAGGUAUAGAACAGCUAAAGCACAAAUUUACCACGCAUUGCACUUUGCUAAUGCCCAUUAAGGUGAAUUAGUGACGUGUGUUUUUAUUUUGUGAUUUUCUUACGCAAAAGAGCCAUCGCAAGUUAACCCCAAAAAAACCCUUUUUAAAUCCAGUACUUAUUAAUGUGGUGCUAUUUCCAAUAUGCUCGUUUGCUUUUGAGAGGAGGUUUUUGUUAGUCGUUCUUCUUGUAAAUGUUGCCGGUUUAAACGGAGCGAACUACAGACAGCUGCAAACAACAGUGUUUUUACAUACGUGACGAAAUCAAAGAAAAAAGACCUUGGUGCUUAGUGGUGUAGCCUAUACACACAUUCUGGUCAGGGUAUACUUAGUAGGCUAAAUGUUUAUUUCUCUUUGACUCAAGUAGCCUUGUCCUUUUUGUACAGUGUUUUGAUUGUAUUUUGCUUUACUAGGCCUAUUUUCCAAGGAUAUGGAUUACCUUGGCACUGGAGAGCAUAACCUUAAAAAACAUUUAAGUGUUAACUUGGUGUUCCACUAGAGUACCCUGCCCCAUAUAAAUGCCUUGUGAUGAAUGUACUGUGACCAACCAUAUUUGUUUACUUCAGCAAAAGCAGGCUGCCUCCAAAACAGGCCUUUAAAAGCAAAUUGUGAUUGGAUCAGCCAAUGAGCUAAAUUCAUAAGUUUGGGAUGAUAUAUUGCCAGGGGCCGAAAACAUUCAACUGCAUUCUAAUUUCCUACACAAACACAUAAAUUCAAAGCCUGUGAGUUAUCACUAAAUGGGCAGAGACUAUGCAGAUUUGGCUAAAGCGAGGCUACCGGGCUCACGUCAUUCUGAGAAAACAUGUAGGCC